AUGCCACGAAUACAGCCUCUGCUACCGCUCUUGAGGCCAUUGGCUGCGCCCAGGCGAGCAGCCUGCGAACAGCUCUUCCGCUUCUCGAGUGCGACCAGACUGCGCGCGGAUCAACCGGCAAGAAGUGGCGCUGCGUCUGCCGUCAAGCCGCCGCCGAAAGCACCGCAGACGUCCCCUGAAGCUCCUCCAGCAAACGCCAGAGAAGCCUCGCGCGCCGCAGACCUCGCAGCAGCAGAGGCUGCAACUGACGCAGAUAACCCGAACGGCCCCGCUCCGAAGCCCGCUCUCCCUUCAAAUCGAUCCAUACCAUCGUCACCGGCCAAAACCCAAGCCGCAGAUGACGUCGAGCCAUCGUCUACACCCGCCGAAGCCUCAGAUGCGACAACCGACCUCAACACCGUACAGGCGAAACCGUUCAAAGGUGGAAAGCAGGACCGCAAGACCAAGUCCGUAGAUGAUGUGCAGCCACCAGUUGGCGACGCACUGGAUGUAGCUACCAAUCUAAAGACUGUCAAGCCUAAGACCUUCAAAGCACCUUCGAAAGCGGCAAAGACUUCAAGAGCAAACUCUGGUGCGGCUCAGAAGAUUACGCUAGAACUUCCACCAAAGUACCACGUCGCGCGCUCGUCUUCGAGAAAUCUACCCAUCUACACGGACUACAAGCGAGGUGGCAAUUUACAUCUGACCACGGUGCGCAAGAUCACUGGAGAUUCAUCGGCGCUGAGGGAUGAGCUGAGGGUGUUUUUGAACAAAAAGUACGAAGAUGUCAAGAUUAACAGCCUGACGCAGCACGUCAUUGUGAAGGGUCACCACGUACCGCAGAUUACCGAGUUCCUGAAGGCCAGGGGUAUGUAA